GACGAGAGAGAAAGAGAGGUUGUUCUGUAAAUUCUAGCGUUGGAUGGGACCUUCUCCACCAUUUACAUUUUCACUUUCUUAAAUCGAUACAGACGAUAUAGACAAUAUAUAUAUAUAUAUAUAUAUAUAUAUAGAUCGAUAGAUAGAUAGAGAUACAUUGAUUCUACAAGAUCUCUCUCUCUCUCUAGCGGUGGCUUCUAAUCAGAUCUUGAAACUGCAAAAUUAUUCGACUUUUCUUAUAGUAUUGCAGGCGGUGAAGAUGUCAACUUCUGCAAGGAAGAGGUUGAUGAGGGACUUCAAGAGGUUGCAGCAAGAUCCACCUGCUGGAAUAAGUGGUGCUCCUCAAGACAGUAAUAUAAUGCUAUGGAAUGCUGUUAUAUUUGGACCUGAUGAUACCUCAUGGGAUGGAGGUACGUUUAAGUUGAGUCUUCAAUUUAACGAGGACUAUCCAAAUAAGCCACCAACAGUUCGCUUUGUUUCUCGCAUGUUUCAUCCAAAUAUAUAUGCAGAUGGAAGUAUUUGCUUGGAUAUUCUCCAAAAUCAAUGGAGCCCAAUCUAUGAUGUAGCUGCUAUACUUACCUCCAUCCAGUCGUUGCUUUGUGACCCGAACCCAAACUCACCUGCCAACUCAGAAGCUGCAAGGAUGUUCAGCGAAAACAAACGCGAGUACAAUAGGAAAGUAAGGGAGGUUGUUGAGCAGAGUUGGACUGCAGACUAAUUCUUCCCGAGGUGGUAGGGUGGUUGGUCCCUAUAAUAGAGAUACUGGGAUUUUAUUAGAACUUGAAAAAUGUUUUCAACACUUUGUGAACUCUUGAAUGAUGAACUACCAACAACAUCACAUAUUUUCUUGGGUUCAUUUUGGGGUAUUCAGUUUCAGACAAACCUUGUGCAUAUAUUGUUGAUGAUCCCCCUCUGCUUAUUAAGGUUGAUUGCUUCAAUUCUGCUACUCAUUAUUGUACUGAAUUCUGCUUAUAUCAGUUUUAGUGUUUGUGCCUUUUAUGUU